UCCGAAUUGCCGACAAAAUAAAAAUAAUUGUGUAACCCGAAUAAUUGCAAUUCAGAACCUAAUCCAUUGACCGUGCCCGUCACUAAACCCCUAACUCCGACUAAAUUGCCCGGCUCUCUCUCUCUCUCUCUGACCGUCGUCUCUCCUCUCACUCUAUCUCAGCUUUCCCGAUUUGCUUGCAUUUGAAAGUUUAAGGAUUUAGAUUUGAGAGAAGUUCCCAACCUUGAUUGCUUGGCCGAUCCUUAAGCUAUGCUGAGUAGGUUCUCAAGGCGUUGCUACUGCACUUCCUCUGUUCAUCGGCCAUGGCUGUUUGUGGGGUUGGGUAAUCCUGGGGACAAAUACAAAGGGACAAGACACAAUAUUGGGUUUGAAAUGAUUGAUGCUUUCGCUGAGUCAGUCGGGAUUCAGAUGAACCUGGUAAAUUUCAAGGCUAUAAUGGGACAAGGUUUCGUGGGAGAUCUUCCCGUUAUCCUGGCAAAGCCGCAAACCUACAUGAACUUGAGCGGUGAAUCAAGUGGACCCCUCGCGGCUUAUUACAAGUUACCUCUCAAUCGUGUGCUUGUGGUGCAUGAUGACACACAAUUGCCAUGUGGUGUUCUUCGUCUUCAAGAAAAAGGAGGUCAUGGAUGUCACAACGGGUUAAAAAGCGUAAUGGCCCAUUUCCGAGGCAACAAGGAAUUUGCAAGGCUACGAAUCGGAAUCGGUAAGCCUCCUGGACAAAUGGACCCGAAGGCGUUCUUGUUGCAGAAGUUCAGCAUGCCAGCUCGUGAACGGAUGGAUGGAGCUUUAGCAGAAGGGGUGGAAGCUCUGAAGCUGGUCUUGUCUAAAGACUUUGGAGAAAGCUGGAGACUGUUCAAUGUGGAACAGAAGUACAAGCACUUGAGACAAGACACAGUAAUGGUACCUUGACCAAAAUGCUCUCACCAAGAUGGGGUCAAAGAGUCAAAAAGAAACAAAAUCUGAGAAGAGUAAAUUUUUCAAGAAUAUUGCACUCCUCCAGAUUUGCUGUCAACUUCCUUCUUCUGUCAUAGCCCAAACAAGUGCUUUUUUUUUUAUCUCCGAGCACGAUGAGAAUCCUAACAAUUGUUUAUGUAUAAAUAUCUUUUCCUAUGAUUUAUUUUUUCUUGUUUAGUAUCUAUAUAUAAUAACAAUCUUAAUAAAUGUCAAUUGCAUAUCGAAA